AGAAUGUGGAAUCAUGGCUUUAUAAAAGAUGCAUGUGUUCUCUGUAACUUUGGAUCCAAGCGUCUGCAGGGCAGUAUUUGCUAAAGACAUCGAGAGUAGACAGACUUGGCUGAUCCAGGCUAUGAGAUAUGGAUAUUAAUGAUGAUCCUAAUGAUGACCAUCUUGCAAGUUAUGACAUUCAGCUCUGUAUUCAGGAAUCCAUUGAAGCGAGACAGGCUGUGUUCCAUCCUGAAAGGUUGGUACAACUAAGUGAUCAAAACAGAAAGCUUGUGGAGGCCAUAAGGCAAGGUCACAUUUUUGAGCUCCAGGAGUAUGUGCAAUAUAAAUAUGCACUGGAAGAAGCGGAUGAGAAAGGAUGGUUCCCGUUGCAUGAGGCUGUAGUUCAACCCAUUCAACAGAUACUUGAGACUGUUCUGGAUGCUUCCUAUAAGACACUCUGGGAAUUCAAGACCUGUGAUGGAGAAACACCCUUGACUCUGGCAGUCAAAGCUGGUCUGGUGGAAAAUGUCAAGACGUUGCUAGAGAAAGGGGUCUGGCCCAACACCAAAAAUGACAAAGGAGAAACGCCUCUUCUGAUUGCUAUAAAGAAGGGCUCCUAUGAUAUGGUCUCUGCACUGAUUAAAUACAACACCAGCCUUGACCAGCCCUGCAUCAAACGAUGGUCAGCAAUGCAUGAGGCAGCUAAGCAAGGCCGCAAAGAUAUUAUCACUCUGCUACUGAAUCACAGAGGCAAUGUCCACCUGAGAGAUGGAUUUGGAGUCACGCCCUUAGGAGUCGCUGCUGAGUAUGGCCAUUGUGAUGUGUUAGAACAUCUUAUUCACAAAGGUGGUGAUGUGUUUGCUUUGGCGGAUGAUGGGGCAUCUGUGCUAUUCGAGGCAGCAGGAGGUGGAAACCCUGACUGCAUCUCCCUCUUGCUGAAAUACGGAGGAAGUGGCAAUGUGCCCAACAGAGCCGGGCAUCUUCCCAUACACCGAGCGGCCUAUGAGGGACAUUAUCUUGCUCUGAAAUAUCUUAUCCCAGUAACAUCCAAACACGCCAUUCAGAAAAGCGGCCUAACUCCAAUUCACUCAGCAGCAGACGGACAAAAUGCCCAGUGCCUCGAGCUGCUCAUUGAUAAUGGUUUUGAUGUCAACGCCCUGCUUGCCGACCACAUUUCCCAGAGCUACGACGAUGAGAGAAAGACUGCGCUGUAUUUUGCCGUCUCUAAUAAUGAUAUCCACUGCACAGAAAUCCUUCUGGCUGCAGGUGCAGACCCCAACUUAGAUCCCCUCAACUGUCUCCUUGUGGCGGUGAGAGCCAAUAGGCAUGAAAUCGUCCGGCUGCUUCUCUCCUACGGGGCUAACGUCAACUGUUAUUUUAUGCGUGUGAAUGACACUCGCUUCCCCAGUGCCAUUCAGUACGCCCUAAAUGAUGAGAUUAUGCUGAGGCUCCUGCUAAAUAAUGGUUACCAAGUGGAGUUGUGUUUUGACUGCAUGCACGGAGACAUCUUUGGAAAUUCAUUUGUGUGGUCAGAGACAGAGGAGGAGGGACUGCCAGGAUGGACAUCUUGCGUAAUAAAAGACAAUCUGUUCUGUGAGUUUAUUACAGUUCCGUGGAUGAAGCACCUGGUGGGCAGCAUUGUCCGCAUACUGAUAGACUACAUGAGUUAUGUCCCUCUGUGUGCAAAACUGAAGUCUGUGCUAGAAGUACAGAGAGAAUGGCCAGAAAUCCGCCAGAUAAUAGAGAAUCCUUGCUCAUUAAAGCAUCUGUGCCGAUUAAAAAUUCGCAGAGUUAUGGGACUCCAGCGGCUCUGCCAGUCAGCCUCCAUGGAGAAGCUUCCUCUACCAGCGGCGAUGCGAAGAUACUUAUUAUUUAAAGAAUACGAUCUCUACGGACAAUAGCUAAAGUUAAUAUAACUUUAAAAUUAUAUUUUAAAAUGUGAUUCUUAAAGUAUUUUUUAAAAAAAUGUGAUUCCCCUAGAGAAGUCAUUGGAAUCAUUUUGUAUUCUUGAGUGUAUUUAAUACCACUGAGAAUUUUGUAGCUGUCCCUAUGGGAAGGACAUGUACACUCUUAAAGACUUUUAGGCUUCUAAGAUAAGUAAUAUGCUGUAUUUGGAUUUCUAUUGAUUGUCUUCAGUUGUUACGAGUCUUCAAAUUCUCUCUAUCAACUGAAUAUCAGUGAUUGAGAGUCUAGGCUUAAAAGGUAAAUAACUACUUUCUCGCCCCCGCCCCACACACAUCUGCCAGUUGCUGCUCUGCCUAUUAUUAGAACCCCUGCUCUAGAAGAGGUCAUUUGUACACGCAGAUUGUCCCUGUAAUCCAGCUUCUCCAGAGCUCCUCUGCUCAGUCCCUAACAACUUCCUUGCUGCUAAAUUCUAUAAACAACUUUCGUUCCCCUUCCUGUUGAUUUCUUUUGGCAUCUAACUCCGUUUCCUGUUAGUCCUUGGGUUUUACCAUACUGAUAUCCCGCUGUUUUCCCUCUCAGUCCUCCUCCACAACUUCUCUGUCUCUGCUUCUCUAUGCUGCUCCUCUUCCUGCAGGCCUUUAGUGACUUGUCCUCUGUCCUUUCCUGAUGCGCUGUGUUCUCUGAGAAAUUCCAUUCACUAACUGUGGUUGUGAUCAUUUUGCUGGGGACCAUAACGUUUACAGCUGAAGUUCAACCUUUUGUCUCCUAUGCUUCAGACCUGUUCGACAUUGACCUAGUAGACCUCUAAACACACAGCUAUCUGCGGUUCAACGAGUCCUCAAAUCCUUCCUUCACAUUCUGCAGCUCAAUAUUAGCACAGUCAACUCUGUUUCCAAAUGAAAUAGACUUGACAUCAGUCUCGACACCCCCACCCCCAUUUUCUCACCCUGCAUGCCAACUCACCAAAUGCCUCUGGGUUUCCUGCUCAGUCCCACAAAUUGCACUAUACAUCUGACUGUAUUCUUCCUCUUACUGAGAUAAUACAGUGCUGCUUGUCUGAAUCCCCUGGCCUUUCAUUCUCCCUGUUGUCUACAGAGUCCACACACAGCAUUUCAGGAUGAACUUUCAGAGACUUUAACAUAGCUCAUUUCCUUGCUGAAAAUCACUCCCUAUUAUUUUGGGAUUAAAAAUCUCAAGUUCUCCCAUGACCUCCAUGCUUUAACCACCCCCCUCCCCCACCCCCCGUGGCCUAUCUGCAUAUCCCCACCCCCUUUUGCCAAUGUUACACAUCUUAUACAGCAAUUCCCACGCUUUAUGGUUUUAUAAGACUGGAGAUUUUCAUUUUAUUAAUAAGAAAUAAUGUCCUCUUUUUAAAGGAUACCAUCUAUUAUACCCAAUUCAGCUUUAAAGGGGGUUGUUCCUUAGAAUGCUAGAAAACAAGAUGGAGGUAAGCUCACUCGUUAAGUUGGAUUGACAUUAGCUUUGAAAAGAUGGACAACGCUGUUAUCUCCUCACUGACUAGCAAAACUUCACUGUGGUCCACAAGUAUCCGAGUCUCUUUGAUGGGAACCAUUGUGAACCUCAGGACCGUUACCUCUCUAUCUGAAGCGUUCUUUUCUCUCCUUUACACCCUCUCCCACUGAUUAACUGACCCUUACACUGCAGAUCCUGGCUCAGCUGUCGCUUCCUCUGGAUGGAGGCCACUGCUGAGUGCUGCUCCUGUGGUAUUGUAGUGCUCUAUGUUAUGCUAGACUGGAAGCUCCAUGAGGGCAGGACCGUGUCUCCUUUAUUUCCCAGUAUGUCCUCAAAGCCAAACACACGCCCUAAAAUGUGAAUGUUAUACAAGACCCAGACUAAAAUAAUCAGUGACAUGGUGGUAAUAUGAUAGGUUAGAGCUUCUGACUUGGUGUGUAAACCCAGUAAUGUACUUAUUUAAAUUGCUUAUUCUUUUAUUUUAAUAGUGUAUUUUUUAACAUUUGUUUUAUCCUAAGAGUAAAUAUUCUUUUGGUAGUAAUAUCUUACUAGUGUGUAAAUUUUCUGAAUUACAUUUACUUUCAGUUAUCUUUGAAAGAUAAAUAAAUCUCGGAAGAAAAUUAUAUAAUCAGGGAUAUGGUUUCAAUGUAUCUCCUUGAGGAUUUUAUAAUACAAACUAUACCAUAAUGUAUUUAACUCGAACUGUGAUGUUUCAUGUACAAUAUAUCUAUAAUUCUUGUGUUGUUUUCUUUAUUGUGCUUAAAGUCCUUGCUUAUAAAUAUUGCUCUAAAUAAAUGAAAAAUAGAAAUGAA